AUGGAGUUUCUGAAAUGGGACCGAAUAAUCGAUGCCGGACCAAAGGGAAACGAGGCUCGCUUCAUGAACCACAGCUGCCAGCCGAACUGUGAGACACAGAAGUGGACAGUUAGCGGGGACACAAGGGUGGGACUGUUUGCUCUGGUCGACAUCACUGCAGGCACAGAACUCACCUUCAACUAUAACCUGGAGUGCCUGGGGAAUGGGAAGACUGUGUGUAAAUGCGGAUCCCCAAAUUGCAGCGGCUUUCUGGGAGUCAGGCCAAAGAACAACCCUCCAUCUGAAGACAAAGGCCGAAAGCUGAGGAGGAGAGGCUAUGGCAAGAGGAAGAAGAAGGCUGUGUUGACCAAAGAGAGGGAGGACGAGUGUUUCAGCUGUGGAGACGGAGGCCAGAUGGUUUCCUGCAAGAAGCCAGGAUGUCCCAAAGUCUACCAUGCAGACUGCUUAAACCUCACCAAGAGGCCUGCAGGUCGUUGGGAAUGUCCCUGGCAUCAGUGCGACAUAUGCGGGAAGGAGGCGGCGUCUUUCUGCGAGAUGUGUCCCAGUUCCUACUGCUCCAAGCAUCGCGAAGGGCUGCUUUUCAUCUCCAAACUGGACGGGAAACUGUGCUGCAGUGAGCAUGACCCCUGUGGUCCGGAGCCGCUGGAGCCGGGGGAGAUCCGGGAGUAUCAGCCUGAACCGGGCGCCCUCACCUUGGGGCUGGGCAUGGCCGUCAUUCCCUCCAAUCCCGCCAACAACGCCAGCCGCCUCAGCCGGACUGACAGCACCGGUGGCAGAGACGUGAAGGAGGCCAGCGAGAGUCCGGAGGCGUUUUCUUCCUUUUCCAUCCCGGUGCCCAUCACCAUCCCCGUCGUAGGUGCCGGCACCUCGCCGUCUAACAGCAGCUCCGACGCUCCCAGCAGCCCGCAUGUGCUGGACCUCCCACACUACUCUCCCAUCUCCUCCUACGAAGAGGAGAGGGACGUCCUGGAGGAAGACGAGGAGGAGCUGCUGGCAGAGGAAGAGGAGGAGGAAGAUGGGCUAGUGGAUGAAGGGGAACUAAGCAGGGACUCUCAGGUGGAAGAUGAUGAGGACGUAGGGCUGGAAUACCUGGAGCUCAAAGACGAAGAGGAAGAUGACGAGGACGACUGAUGUGCACAGAGAUAUUUAUAUUCAUGACUCCGAGUCACUACAGCACUUGAAGCUUGAUGAUCCAUUGGAUUAUUUAGAGGAUUUUAGGGCAAAAUAAAAUCAGAAAAGUAUCAAUGAAUUGACAACCUAUAAAUAAUAAAGUUAAAAACAGAAACACUAUAUAGAUUUAUAGGUAAAGUAUCGUAUAUCCAUCAUCCUCACAGUAAUGAAGUUCUGUCCUAUUGAUCCCCCUCUUACCUCAUUAUAUCACACUUGCACCUUCAUACCAGAGAUUUUGAAAAGAUGAUCUGUAAGGACUCCAGAAUCUCUAAAACAUCUUUAAUCAAAGUGUUUUUGAUCUAUUUUUUAUUUUUAUCCAGAUCACCUGCUGCUUUUUAGUCCUUGCUUAAGGAUUAUUUUAGGUUUCAUACACGCCAGAGAGGCGAGACAGUCGACCUCUUCAUUUUUUAGCUUGUACAGCCGAAAUUCACAGCUGCUCCCUGUUCCGGAUCAAGAAGUCUCCAUUAAUUAACACUUGGACUGUUUGCAUUCUUUAUUUGUAGAGGAAAAACUUUAUCUCCUCAACAUGGCUUCACAUCUCUGCUGGACCAAACGUCAUCGUUGUGGACUUCUUGGGAAAUAACUGCUGCCAAAA